AUGGGGGGGUGUGGGGGGGGUUGUAAUGGGGGGUGGGGGGGGUGGGGGGGUUGUGGGGUGGUGGUUGGGUGUGGUAGGGGUAUGGUGUAUUAUGGUGGGGGUAUGGGGGAGGAGGGGGGAGUGGUGUGGGGGAUGGGGGUGGGUUUGUGGGUGGAAGGUAAGGGGGGGUGGGAAUUGGGGGGGGUUGAAGAGGUUGUAGGAGGGGGUAUGAGGGUAUUAGGGGGGGGGGGUGGUGGGGGUGGUGUGUGUGGUGUGGGGGGGGGAGGUUUUUUGAGGGUUGGGGGAGGGUAUGGUGAAGUAUGUGGAGAAUUGGGGGGUUGGGGGGGUUGA